UUUCUCCCAUGCAUAGCCUUUGCAGAAGCAAAAUGCAGUUUCGGACCGUGCAGGACGUGAAAGUGGUGGACGUGGAGAAGAGGCGCAGUCCGUCUAAACAUUACGUGUAUCUCAUCAAUGUCACCUACUCUGACAGCACCUCCCACAUCAUCUACAGAAGGUACAGCAAAUUCUUCGACCUACAGAUGCAGAUUCUUGACAAGUUCCCAAUCGAGGGAGGGCAGAAAGACCCCAAGAAGAGAAUCAUACCCUUUCUGCCAGGUAAGAUCCUGUUCCGGAGGAGUCAUGUGCGGGAUGUGGCAAUGAAGAGGCUUCGUUUCAUCGACGACUACUGCAGGGCUCUGGUGAGACUGCCUCCACAGAUAUCUCAGAGUGAGGAGGUGCUACGAUUCUUUGAGACUAAAGCUGAGGACAUCAAUCCCCCAAUAGAGGACUAUGGCUCCAAGCGCAAGUCAGGGAUUGACAGCUCGGAGCCCAUGGUGCUGGAGCAGUACGUCGUGGUGGCCAACUACGAGCGGCAGGAGAACUCCGAGAUCAGCCUGAAGGCCGGGGAGACAGUGGACGUGAUCGAGAAGAGCGAGAGCGGCUGGUGGUUUGUGAGUACAGCGGAGGAGCAGGGUUGGGUGCCAGCCACAUAUCUGGAGUCACAGAACGGAACCAGAGAUGACUCAGAUCUCAGCACCUCCAGGACUGGAGAGGUUACUAAGAGACGCAAGGCUCACCUGAGGAGGCUGGACCGCCGCUGGACCCUGGGGGGCAUAGUCAACCGCCAACAUAGCCGAGAGGAGAAAUAUGUGACAAUACAGCCAUACAGCAGUCAAGGCAAGGACGAGGUCAGCUUCGAGAAAGGGGUCACCGUGGAGGUCAUCCAAAAGAACCUGGAGGGCUGGUGGUAUAUUAGGUACUUGGGCCAAGAGGGCUGGGCUCCUGCCUCCUACCUGAAGAAGAUGAAAGAGGACUUCUCCCCCCGCAAGAAGACUGUUACUGGCCCUGUGGAGAUCAUCGGCAACAUCAUGGAGAUUAGCAACCUGCUGCAGAAGAAGUCAGUCAGCGAGAAGGACAUCCAGACAGACGGGGAAAGCACCUCCACGCCCGAGCGCCACAUCUCCAAGAGUGAGAUCAGCCUGCCCAUCCCAUGUCUUGGGUUGGGGGCGAGCGCUGCCCUGAACGACAACAAAGUAAAAGCUGAGCCGGGGUCACCUGCCGUUGCUCGAGUUGCGCCACAUCGAGUUGAAAUUGGGUCUCCAAAUCUGAGACAAAAACCUCCUCCGAGAAGAGAAACUAACUUGGGAUUCCAGUUACCCAAGCCACCAGAGCCCCCUGCUGUGGAAGCAGAGUACUACACAAUAGCGGAAUUCCAGUCCUCCAUCUCUGAUGGCAUCAGUUUCCGUGGAGGACAAAAGGCUGAUGUAAUAGAGAAGAGUUCUGGAGGCUGGUGGUACGUACAAAUUGGAGAGAUGGAGGGGUGGGCCCCUUGCUCUUACAUUGAUAAACGCAAGAAGCCCAACCUCAACCGUCGAACCAGCACACUCACCCGGCCAAAAGUCCCGCCCCCAGCCCCACCUGUCAAAAAACAAGACUCUGAGGAGGCUCCCCUUUCUGGUAACUCCACUUCCAAAACCUCAGAACUGCCCAGCAGGCGUGUAUACGAGGAACCAGAAUAUGAUAUUCCUGCUAUUGGCUGCGAAGGUGAGUCAGAUACAGAUUCCCUAAAAGAUGAGCACCCUCUGGAUGUGAAGAUAAGCGGUGUGAUCAGCGAUAAGUACCGCAAUACCCAUCCUGCCUGCAAAGCCUCCCCUGUUUUUAGCCAUCGAAGAGCAUCCUUCAGGUCUGUGGAAGAGAUGGCCAAAGAGGAGUGCAUCUAUGAGAAUGAUGGCUUCAGGCCCAGCAGUGGUGAUGAAAGCACAGCCAAAGGCUGCAGUCGACCCGACUCUCCAAGGAGCUACCAUUCCUCCACAGUCCCACGCAAACCCUCCGGCUCCUCACCUUUAGCUGGUAGACCCAUGAAGACCAUGACUCCAGAAUUGAAUAAGCGGAGCCAGACCUUGGGCAGACACAUGGAUUCCAGCCCUAGGUCCUCUUCAGAUGAGUCAGGGAGAGGCCACAGAAAAGGCCCAGGGUUAAGCCGUGAGGUGGAGCAAAGGAUAGGGCAGAGCCCCUCAACUAAACCUAAGCCUUCAGUCAGGCCCAAACCCCUUCUAACCAAAUCAGAGCCCCAAAGUCCUGAAAGGAUGGACAUCACCUCCCUAAGACGCCAGUUGAGGCCUACCAGUCAGCUUCGACAUGGCAUCAAACCUUCGCGAGGGGAAGAUUCUGAAACAGCCUCUGUUAUUUCAUCAGAGGAUUCCAUCUGUUCUCGCAGCACUUCAGAUCUCUCUUCCAUCUACUCCAAGGGAAGCCGUGGUGAGUCAGACCUGGAGUGUCCCAGUGUUUAUCGCACCCUGGACGCCUACGAGAAGGUCCAGGAUUCUGAGAUCAGCUUUCCAGCUGGGGUUGAGGUGGAGGCUCUGGAGAAGAAGGAAAGUGGUUGGUGGUACAUCCGUUGGGGUGCUGAGGAGGGCUGGGCCCCUUCCUUCUACCUGGAGCCAGUCCAACAGGUAGGUGAUGCAGGUGGCUCGGAAUCAGAUGGACAUGGGAGUAGUGGGAGUAAGUCAAACAGCCUGGAGAAGAAUGAGCAGCGUGUUUUGACCCUCAACAAUAUUAACCUGCAGGGCCUGAAUCCACAGCAUCAGGGUUUGCGGAGAAACACGCCACCUAUUCCUUCUAAGCCUCCUGGGGGUUUCUCCAAGCCAUCUGGGAUGGUCAAUGGAGGGGUCCGGAUGAGGAAUGGUGUGCGCCAAGUAGCGGUGAGGCCUCAGUCUGUCUUUGUGACCACAACGCAGACAGCUAAGGACACCAACUAUAUGACGGGGUCUUUGAGGCGAAAUGAAUCACUGGGCAGUAGUGAUCAGUACCGUUCUGGUUCUGCUACUCUUGGCGUUCGCCGAAAUGCCUCCUUCAGCACUGUGCGCCCACAUGUGGUUGUGGAAAGCCGGACGAGGCCAGCUGAGCGUUCCAGCCUGGGGUCCUCAAGUAGCGGAUUCAGUACAAGCUCUGCACAGGAUUCUCUUAGCAGAGUUGGCCAACGCAAUGGGAUUCCUGUAUCCACUGUUCGACCCAAACCCAUAGAGAAGAGCCAGAUGAUUCACAAUAACCUGGGCAGGGAUGUUUACGUGUCCAUCGCUGACUAUCGGGGGGAUGAAGAGACUAUGGGUUUUACUGAGGGUACCUAUCUGGAGGUUUUAGAGAGAAACCCCAAUGGAUGGUGGUACUGCCAGGUGCAGGACAGCCUGCUCCCUCGCAAGGGCUGGGUCCCCUCCAACUACCUAGAGCAGAAGAAGUAAUGCUAUUCUACCAGCCCCCCUUCCCACAUUGUUUUUCUCAAGGGACAUUGAUGGCACCCCUACUUAUUAAUAUUGUCUGAUAACUCCCAUAGGCAAUAUGCUUCAACCAUGUACAUCUCUGAAACCAACCAUGUGUGAAAAAACAACUCUAUGUAACUUUUCAAGGGUAUAAAAAGUGACACCUUCAGUGCUGGUUUACUAAAAUGUACACAUUGAUCACUACGGAUUUAAAGUGUGUCAUGUAGAAAUGAGAAAAACAUGGGUUUGGCCACCCUAGAG